AUGGGAUUGAGAGGAUUAAGGAAACAGUUGCUGGUUAAUGUUGAAGGGACGACUAAAGUUACAAAUGUCGUCUUGACUGGAAUGAUGAAGAGAAACAAAGGAGCUAUUGUUAAUAUUGGGUCGAGUGUUGUAGUUGUUACGCCUUCUAGUCCUCUUUAUGCACUUUAUGCUGCUACUAAAGCAAUGAAGUUGGCAUUCCCGCAGUUACAGACAACAAAAUCCCUCAACCCCAUGUUACUUUGA